CUACAAUUCAAAGCUUCAACCAGAAUCUCAGUUAGGGGUGAUAAAAAAUGGUGAUGAAGAAGGGGAGCAAAGUUAAUGUUUCAGGAAAACCGAGACAUUCUUUGGAUGUCAAUCGUGGGAAUGGGAAAACUGGAACCCGGUCUGCUGCUACUGUACGACGGCUCAAUAUGUAUAAAACAAGACCUGUACGUGAUGCUAAAGGAAAGAUUUUGAAGCAUGAUUUGCAGGAAAAAUAUCUUCCUAAUACACGGAUUCAACCUGAUCGUAGAUGGUUUCAAAAUACCCGAGUAAUGAAACAGAAUGAGCUUCGGCGUUUUCGAGAUGAGCUCCACAAUAAACUUUUGGAUCCCUACAGAGUCAUCUUGAAGGAGAGGAAUCUGCCCAUGUCCCUUUUGAAUGAUCACCAAAAGCAAGCUAAAGCUCAUCUUCUGGAUACCGAGCCCUUCACAGAUGCAUUUGGACCUCAGAGGAAGAGGAAGCGUCCAAAGCUGUUGGCAACUAGUUAUGAAUCUUUACUCAAAAAGGCUGAUGGAUCUCAAGGUGCAUAUGAGGAAAAGGCUGCUGUUAAUCCUUCUGUUGAAAGGAGUGAAAAAGAUGGUUUGAGAGACCUGGCUAGACAUACAAUGUUUGAGAAGGGACAAAGCAAGCGAAUUUGGGGUGAGCUUUAUAAAGUCAUAGACUCUUCGGAUAUUGUUGUGCAGGUAUUGGAUGCUAGGGAUCCGCAAGGUACGCGUUGUUACCAUCUGGAGAGGCACUUGAAAGAGCACUGCAGGCAUAAGCACAUGGUGUUUUUGCUAAACAAGUGUGAUCUGGUGCCAGCAUGGGCUACAAAGGGCUGGCUUCGCGUUUUGUCGAAGGAGUAUCCCACACUGGCUUUUCAUGCUAGCAUUAAUAAAUCAUUUGGUAAGGGAUCUCUUCUUUCAGUACUAAGGCAAUUUGCGCGCUUGAAAAGUGACAAGCAAGCUAUAUCAGUGGGAUUUGUUGGGUAUCCAAAUGUUGGCAAAUCAUCGGUCAUCAAUACUUUGAGGACCAAAUCUGUCUGUAAGGUUGCUCCUAUCCCUGGAGAAACAAAAGUCUGGCAGUACAUCACGCUUACGAAACGAAUAUUCUUGAUUGAUUGCCCUGGAGUUGUGUACCAAAAUAGUGAUAAUGAAACUGAUAUCGUGCUUAAGGGUGUUGUACGCGUUACAAACUUGGAAGAUGCCACUGAGCAUAUCGGAGAAGUACUGAAACGUGUGAAGAAGGAACAUUUACAAAGAGCUUAUAAGAUAAAUGACUGGGUGGAUCAGGAGGAUUUCCUUACUCAGCUUUGCAGAAUAUCAGGCAAACUUUUGAAGGGUGGUGAGCCGGAUAUGACUUGUGCAGCGAAGAUGGUUCUCCAUGAUUGGCAAAGAGGUCGAAUACCCUUUUUUGUUCCCCCGCCGAAGCUAGAUAAUGCUAAUGAUCAACCAUCUGCAUCCAGUUCUAACGAGGACAUAGUAAUUGACAACAAUGGGGUAUCAGCAGCUAUGCUAGCCAUUGCAAACGUUAUUACUUCCCAGCAACUAAAAUUGGUCCCUGUUCAGAAAAAUCUCUUUGAACAGAACGAGUUGGAGGGCGAGGAUCCUGAGCUGGCUUCAGGGCAGGAGUUGGGCAACGAAUCUGAUGCAGAACCGGAGCAAGAAUCUGACGAGGAAUCUGAGAACUUGUCUGGUUAGGAACCUGAGAAGCUUCCUGAAUCCUUUAGUUUUGUUGUUUUUUCUGUGUCGUUAAUUUAUAAAAAAGACCCAAUAAAGCAAAGAAUCUGGAGACUCUUUGGUACUUGUAUCAGCAUCUGGGUA